UCAUGCUGCUGCCAGGUCCAGAGUCUCUCAUGGGUCCCUGUACGGCCUCCCAUUGCUGCUGUCUCCAUCGCCACACUCUGCCAUGUGCCACUUUCAGGUCUCCUCACACACUGCUGGGUUCCAUUUUGUCAUAGGGUGCUGGCAGAUUACGGGCCUCCCAUUGCUGCUGCCAGGCCUUAAUCUGCCAUGGGCCCCUGUACCGCCUCCUCAUGCUGCUGCCAGGUCCACAGUGUCUCAUGGGUCCCUGAACCGCCUCCCAUUGCUGCUGUCUCCAUCGCCACACUCUGCCAUGUGCCACUUUCAGGUCUCCUCACACACUGCUGGUGUGUUCCAUUUUUUG